UAGGCAGCGCGUCAGUCUCAUAAUCUGAAGGUCGUGAGUUCGAGCCUCACACGGGGCAGAUGUUUUAUACAUUUACUAGCGACAUUUGACAUCUCAAUUUAUUUUUGACCUAUGAAUGCGAACACAAGUUAAUACAUAGAUAAAUAUGAUAUCAAUCCGGCGCUACGGUUGGUAGAACUGCUUUUACAUCACUAAUUCCACGACUGACCACACGGUGGACGCGGUGUUCUGUUUUAGAUUAAUCUCUGCAGGCUAGAGAAGCAUAUACAGUAUAAAUCAAUCAUUAGGACUAUACAUUGUGUUAUUAGAAGAAAAACAAUAUGUUAUUCGAGCUCCAAUUGCUGUGGUAUUGUUUUAAAUGAUCGCACAAGGAAUAGCCAACAUCUAUGAACAAAGAAUCCACUAUAGAAUUUUGCACUUUAAGAACGUUUUUCUGUUAGUCAAUCUUGUGUGAUGUUUCAAACCGAGAAUUUCAAAGAUAGUGUAGGCAGGUUUGCGCGGUGUGUGUGAGAGAGAGGGAGCGAGAGAGAGAGCACUCAGCAGUAUCCAAAGAACAGCGUUUCACUUUCUGAAGCGCAUGGAUUUUAACUGGAAAGCCCACUGAGAGAGGGAACGUCGUGCGCUCUAUUGAACAGACCCAAAAUGUGAUAUUCUAACAGAUCGAUCCAGUUGAUAAGGACUGCGAAUUUAUUUUGGGAUUGUAUUACUUAAAUAGCUUAUUCGGCUACUUUUACAAACGACCAUAACACUGCUAGGAUACCUUGAUAGUCUAUCUGAUUGAAAUGGUGCGAUGUUCCAAACAAUACUCCAACGCGUUGACUUUUGGUUGAUUUACCUGACAGUUGUACUAUGUGGAGCUUCAGGUGCAGGAGUGCACAGUUGCCAUGAGGUUAAAACGGCGUUUCAAUUGCGCCAGAUCGGUCCGUUGAAAUGGGUCCCCGAGGCACCUGGAACAGAUGGCGAGCUGCAGAUCUGCAAGCACGCUGGCCCGUCGUGUUGCACACGCAAGAUGGAGGAGAGUUACCAGGCAGCAGUGCGCAGAGAGACUCUCCAGAAUAUCCGUUCCUACAGCUUUGAGCUCAAGUACCUCAUCGUGGGCCACGCCUCUGCCUUCCAGGACACGUUCCAGUCUCUGCUAUCCUUCACUCUGAACCUGACCACUGGUCUGUUUGACAGUGCCUAUGAGCCCCUCUCCCAGGACACUCGCCCCCUGGUGGCAGACCUCUUCUCCGACCUCUCUCUCUUCCUGGGAGGAGACAGCAACACCUCCAUGGAGCGCUCUGUGCACCGCUUCUACGACAACCUCUUCCCGCUGGUUUACCGGCGUCUGGUCAACCCUGGGCUGGCCUCGGCCCCACCCUUCUCUGAGCACAGCGAGUGUCUGCGCAUGACACGCCAGGAUGUCAACCCAUUUGGGUCCCACCCCCGUGUCCUGGCCGAGGGGCUGACCCGCGCUCUGAGCGCAGGACGGGCACUGAGCCAGGCGCUGGUGAUAGGGGCAGAGGUGCUGAACGCCACAGAGCGGGCGGGGCUGGCCAGGGAGUGUGGGCGGGCUCUGGUGAGGAUGCAGUACUGCCCCCACUGCAGGGGCCUGACCCUGAUCCGGCCGUGUGGAGGACUGUGUCUGAAUGUGAUGCGGGGCUGCUUGGUAGGGCUCUCGGAGCUGGACGGGCCCUGGAGGCGCUACGUGGCCCUGCUGCAGGAACUGACAGGGGCCCUGGCUGAAGGCCACGACCUGGAGCUGGCUCUGCAGGGCAUCAGGAACCACGUCAAUGACGCUAUCCUGCACGCACAGCUGCACGGGCCACGUAUCAGUGCCAUCGUUGAUAAAGUAUGUGGGCCUCUCACAGACACUCCGUCAGUGACAAGCAUACGUUCCACCCUGAAGGUCAUGACCUCUGUGAGUACCUCCCCGACCUCGAUGGUGAUGACGUCCUCCCCAGCUGAGGUCACACGGGACCACUUGUCGCAUACCAGGAGGUCCUUUCCUCUGAAACCAUCCAAGAAUAAUAAGCCUAGAAUUCUAAAAAAGAUCUCAAGAGAGUUUAUGGGCUAUAUCCAACGCUACAGGUCCUUCUUCUCUGCGUUGCCAGAGAUGCUUUGUGAGAGUGAGAUGGUGGUGGAUGACUUCACCUGCUGGAGUGGGGAGGAUGUGGUGGAGAGUUAUGUGGGCCGUGUUGUGGGUAACGGCCUUCAGGCCCAGAAAAACAACCCAGAGAUCAAGGUCCGCAGCAUCGACCCCAUCCUGGUGGGAGCUAGAGACAGACUAGAACAUUUCAAACGGGAAAUUCAGGGUCAGGUGGGCUGGACGACAGACUGGGGGGGGUGGGUGGAGAAGGGCAGUGGGACGAGAGAAGAGGCCAGCGGAGAGUGUGACGAUGAGGACGGAUGUCAAGGAUCUGGAGAUGAAGACUUUACCAAUGAGAGAGUGGACGUGGCCAGCACUCAUGUUCCUUUUGGGAAGAGCCCAGCAGUCAGGGAGCCCCCAUGGCACGUCCCCACUGCCCAACCCCCACCACAGGUAGCUGUGAGAGCUGCGGGUCACACCCCAACACCCCACCCAGCUAUCACCAUCACCCUCAUCCUCCUGUCUGCCCUGGCGUUACCAUGGCACCCACUCUGAAACCCCCUCCGCUAAUCACACCGACUGAGCACACAUGAGAGGUGGGGAGCAUUCACAAGAAGGAAAAGCAGGAAGAGGAGGAUGAGAAAAAGGACAAGAGGAGGAGCUCGCCAGCGAACCUGUUGCUUUCCCUCAGCUGCUCCCUGUUUGUUAGUGGGAGCUGGGCUGCAUGGCUGUGUUUGUGCGAUGUAGGAUGUGUCUCAUAAAAUCUCUCUCUCCCUUGCUGCCUUCUCCACUGCUGCCUUCUCCACUGCUUUUUCCUCACUGCCUCCUCCUCUCUGGUUCUCUGGACUGCCUGGUCUGUUGACCAUCAGAUGUGGCCAGCUACACAUCCCACUGCUCUCUAGUAGGGACAACCAUGGUUCUGGUGUUUCUCCUGCGGUCCUUAGAUUUAGGAACAGUAAAGUUCACAAACAGUGCUGAACUGAAGAAUGUAAUCAGGGCCUAAAAAUACAUAAUUUCUCCUCACCUCUCUACACGCAAAGUCAACCGUCAUGUUCUCUGGGGUCUCUCCAUUUGUUACUUAGUUUGCAUUUGAUUAUGCCACCUGUUAAUAGUCACCGAGCAUACUAUACAUGUUUAUAUGGUCCCAUGUGGGACUUAUAUUGUGUAUUCAUGUGUGGGUAUUUGUUUGUGUGUGUUUAUUUACCUAUAUUUACGUCUACAUGUUUCGUGAAAAAGUAUUUGCCCUUUUCUGAUUUUCUCUAUUUUUGCAUAUUUUUGAUACUGAAUGUUAUCAGAUCUUCAACCAAAAGCUAAUGUUAGAUAAAGGGAACCUGAGUUUACAAAUAACAAAAACAUUUAUACUUAUUUUAUUUAAUUAAUUAACAAAGUUAUGCAACACCCAAUUCCCCUGUGUGAAAGGUAAUUGCCCCCUUACACUCAAUAACUGGUUCUGCCACCUUUAGCUGCAAUGACUGCAACCAGAUGCUUCCUGUAGUUGUUGAUUAGUCUCUCACAUUGCUGUGGAGGAAUGUUAGCCCACUUUUGCAUGCAGAACUGCUUUAACGCAGUGACAUUUGUGAGUUUUCAAGCAUGAACUGCUCGGUUCAAGUCCUGCCACAACAUCUCAAUAGGGAUUAGCUCUGGACUUUGACUAGGCCAUUCCAAAACUUCAUAUUUGUUGCAUUUUAGCCAUUUCAUGUAGACUUGAUUAUGUGUUUUGGAUCAUUGUCUUACUGAAUGACCCAGCUGCACUUCAGCUUCAGCUCGCAGAUGGAUAGCCUGACAUUCUCCUGUAGAAUUCUCUGAUACAGAGCAGAAUUCAUUGUUCCUUCUAUUAAGGCAUGUCGUCCAAGUCCUGAGGCAGCAAAGCAUCCCCAAACCAUCACACUACCACCUAGAGGUGGCAUAAUGGGAACCAUGUCAUCCAAAAAGUUAUACUUUUAAAUCAUCUAUCCAUAGAACAUUAUUUGCAAGAAUCUUGAUAUUCAUCCAGGUGCUUCCAGGUUGUAACAAUCGUCAUAAUGGGUAGACCAAGGCGCAGCGUGAUUUGGGUUCAUCAUAUUUAUUUUAAAUGUGAACCAGCAACAAAACAAUAAAGAGAAACAAACGAACGUACAGCCUUGUAGGGCUCAAAAGCAACAAUACAAAAACAAGAUCCCACAAACAACAGGUGGGAAAAAGGCUACCUAAAUAUGAUCCCCAAUCAGAGACAACGAUAGACAGCUGCCUCUAAUUGGGAACCAUACCAGGCCAACAUAGAAAUACAAAAACUAGACUACACAUAGAAAGAAUAAACUAGAACACCCCCCAGUCACGCCCUGACCUACUCCACCAUAGAAAAUAAAGGCUUUCUAUGGUCAGGACAUGACACAGGUGCUUUUUACUUGAGUCAACUUUUUGGACGACAUGGGUCCCAUUAUGCUUGGCAAAAACCAAACACUGCAUUCCACAGUUAGAACCACGUACCAACGGUCAAGCAUAGAGGUGGUAGUGUGAUGGUUUGGGGAUGCUUUGCUGCCUCCUUAAUAGAAGGAACAAUGAAUUCUGCUCUGUAUCAGAGAAUUCUACAGGAGAAUGUCAGGCUAUCCAUCUGCGAGCUGAAGCUGAAGUGCAGCUGGGUCAUUCAGUAAGACAAUGAUCCAUGUAAUUGUUGUGUUAUUUGUUCACUCAGGUUCCCUUGAUCUAAUAUUAAGUUUUAGUUGAAGAUUUGAUAAUUCAUUAUAAAAAUGAUGCAAAAGUAGAGACAAAUAGAAAGGGGGAAAAUACUUUUUCACGGCACUGUAUGUGUUUCUUUACCUAUCAUUUUCUUUCAUUUUAAAGCUUGUAAUAAUGGCUUGUACAGUACUAGAACUGACCUACUAGACAAAUGUAAAUACACAUAUUUAUGUAAAUAUACAGUUUGUACUGUAUAAGGAUAGGAUGACAAGGGCUUAAUUGGAGUUGUUGCUGUGGAAAUAUAAACUUCACCAUAUUAUUUUGCUCGUGUGUUUUGAUUGGCUCAAGCCCGAAAAUAUGUUCCCACACACUGACAUCCUAGUUAACCUGCAUCCAUUGCAUCGAGAUCACCUCUAUAAUUAGGGCAAGUGUAUACAUGUAUAUAUUUGAAGUCGCACACAAUGCUUAUUCAUCUAUGCUACAUGUUUUAUUACAGACGUUGCUCACUUUAAAGGGAUGCUGCAAACACCUCCACCCUGCAUGAAAUUUUAGGUUUACCGAUUAGCAAGUGUGUUUAACCUAGCCUAGUAAGGAAAUAAUAGCUGCAUAAACAAAUUGCCUACAACUCAAUAAAGACCCCACAUGAAAAAAUGUUCACUAUAGAAUACUACACUAUAGAAUUCUAUAUUAUACUGUAGAAUACUAUAUUACACACUAGAUAUUAUCACGUUAGCCGAUGUGAUAUGUAUUGCGAUUUUUACUAUUCUCACGAUUCUAUAUGUAUUGCGAUUCGAUACUGUGAUUUUAUUGCAAUUGGAUGAUCCAAACAUAUUGCUCACCAUAUGUCUGCUGCAGAUGGGCAAGAGAGCCAUGAGAAAAUGAGUUUCAUCAGUCAUGGAAAUAAAAGUGCUGAAUACAAAUUGGCUCCCUAUUUAAAAAGAUGAGGAACAAGUUAUGAAGGAAAAACACUGGAGUUUUGGUGCAGGUACAGCCAACUAGCGCAUACAUAAUACUGUAAUAUUGUCAAAAACGAUACUAUAUGUAUCAUCAAAAAUAAUAUCCCGAUAUGUAACAAUAUCAAUUUUGUCCCCCAUCACUACUACACACUGUAGUAUCCCUCGAUCAUGUGUAGUACUUACUAUAGAAUGUUGUAGUACACUGUAAAAUACUAAAGUAGAUACUACAGUAAAAAACACUAGUAAAGACUACAUUAAUGUCCUCAAAAACACUACCCCUUUUUAAACUAUAGUAAAUACUACAGUAUCUUAUUUGCAUAUACCCUGCCCAUUCCCCUCCCCCAUAUCUGCAAAUUCCCCUCCACCAUAUCACAAUUUUUGCCACCCAUAAAUGAGAAACCGACAUUCUAUUCAUAGACCAUACAGUAUAUUGUGUAACCUACAGGUUAUUGUUCCUUACUAUCCAUUCAGACCCCAGUCCUACCUACCUACAGGUUAUGGAAAAUGUGCUCUUUUAGUAUUUCUCCAGUAUGUUUCCUGAAGGAGAAAGCCUCCACUUCUAUGUUAAAGAUAAUUAAACAAAAACACUACAGUAAAUACUAAUACUAGUAAUGUCUGCAAAAACACUACAGUAAAUACUAAUACUAGUAAUGUCUGCAAAAACACUACAGUAAAUACUACAGUAUAGUACAGUCUGCAAAAAACUACAUUAAUUACUACAGUAUAUGCUAUAGUUCUUUUACUAUACUAUAGUUUACUGUAAAUACUACAGCAAAUACUACAAUGGAUACUACAAAGUCUGCAAAAACACUACAGUGAAUACUAUAGUAUUUAUACCAUAGUAUACUUAGCAAUAGGUGUCCUUAUGGUAUAUGACCAAUAUACCAUGGCUAAGGGCCGACACAACGCGGUACCUAGAUACUGCCUGUAGCUGUGGUAUAUUGGCCAUAUACCACAAACCCCUGAGGUGCCUUAUUGCUAUUAUAAACUGGUUAACAACGUAAUUAGAGCAGUAAAAUGAAAUGUUUUGUCAUACGCGUGGUAUACCACGGCUCUCAGACAAUCAGCAUUCAUGGCUCGAACCACCCAGUUUAUAAUUUUUAGGUGCGACCCCAUGAAAUCCAUGUCUAUCCAUGUGGCUUUGAGCUGUUACUGGGAGACAGAUUGUCCAAUAUUCUGCUAUACUGGACAGCCAUGUACCCUGUGACUCCCCUGUUGUUCUGAAUUCCAGGUCCAGUGGUACAUAAUGUACCUCAUCACUCCUUCUACACUGCUUCUAUACUUAUUUCAAUGUCAAUGUUAUGAUAUGAUGUGAUCUUGCUUUGCAACCCCUUUAAAAUGCUGUAAAUGUUCAGAGCCAUGUGAGUGGCGACAGGACUGAUAUACUAGACUGGCCCUUUAUCUUAAACGGAUGGAGCCUUUGUCUGUAGACUCGCAUGGACAUUUAAUAAACAUAUAACAGUCAACCUGA